AUGCGUAUCAAAAUUAGCACUUGCGCACCGUUGCCUGUGUACAACUGCUGGCAUUUAGUCGACAAUGAUCGCCUGGAUCCUACACGAACAAUCGAGAUUUUCACCGUCCGUGAUUUGAAAAAAGAGGUUGUUCAUGCUCUUCGUCUUCCUUCCAAAUCCAAACAAGUCGCUCUGGAUAUGGGCGGUUUUCAACUAUUAGAGCAUAGUCCUGUGAAAAACCUGAUACGCGAUGGUGAUUUGAUUACUGUGCGUCUCACCGAGCAAGCAAGCGAACAAAGCUCUCCAAUACCCAAGAAAAGAAAACAACACCAAGAUCUCGACCAAACAACCCAAGAGAAAGCGGUGAAAAUCGCCCGUCUCGAUAGUUCCGUCACAGCACACAAAAAGAAGAAAAAGGAAAAGGCCACUUUACCCGAUACGGUUGCAAAGACGACGAAAAAGAAGGACGAUAAGGAAGAGAAAUUAGCAAAGAAAACAAAAUCAAAAGAUCAAGAAAAGAAGAAAGCGAAGCUGUCCGAUAAGACGACGGGCGCCGACAAGAAGUCAGAAAAAAAGCAGAAAAGCAAAUCUGCUGUCGACGACAAAGGGUCCAAAAAGGACGAUAAACGAAAAAGCAUCGCUACCACGGAGCCUUUAGCCACCGCAAAACCGAAGUCGUCGAAGCCAGCGUCUCCGCUAAAGAAAGACAAAAAACCUUCAAAAUCCCAAGUGGACACUGGCGAUAAUUCCGAGCGCAAAUUCGUUGUUCCACCGUAUCAGGGAUCGAAAAAAACGCAGGAACGUAAUCGGCGAAGAGCACUGAAAAAGAAGCAAUUGCGUGAAAAAUCGGCCAAUGACGACGUGACCACUCUGUCAGCACCGUCCGCAGAGAUCGAGAAGCUUGCCGUCAAGGAAUCCACAGUGACGAACACGAUCGAGCCGCAUCAUUUGCUGAAACAAAACAAAAAUAAGAAGAAGAACUUUUUGAAGGACAUGUCGAAAAAGCCUAGAAUGCAUGUGGUGUUUGAAGCAGAUCACGAUGUGGAUGACGCACCGACAGCAGCAUCCGAGGCUUUCCACAGCGAAAUGACAGCAGUGGAGGAAGUGGGAGAUGAAUUGGAUCAAUCCGCUUACGCACAAGCCAUCGUCACACAAAAUGAGGCCGACUACAAUUAUCAGCCCAACGACAAUCCACGAUUUGCACGUCAAUAUCCUGUACAUUCGGUUUCGACUUUCUUUUCGACUCCUGUGAAUUACCAAUCUCAAGUCGAGAGCGAGAUUACCAACAUCAGCCAAGAAGAUGGCACUGUGUUUGCUGCUAGUGAAGAAACUGGCGCAGAAAUGUCAAACGACGGUCUUGUUCCAGCCACAGAACCCAAAGUCGAGAAAGUUGAACGCAACUAUGACGAUUAUCCCUCUUUAUCAUUCCCUACAACCUUACCUAAACCCGGUGAUAUCAUUGCUUUCAUGACAUUGGAACUUUCGGAAAGCUACACGCCACAGAUCUCUGAUUGGAAGGAGGCAAAGGUGAUUGCCGUCGACAAUAAUGAUCAGCAUCUGAUAGUGAAAUAUGAAUCUGGUUUCGAAGUGAAGCGUGCCGCUGGCGGAAAAUUCGAUCUGCUUACGGAAGACGAAAAUGAAGAAGAAACAGUAACAGAAAUGGAUGACAAUAUUACUUUAUCUUUCGAGACUGUCCUGCAUAUGAAGACCAUCUCGGACUAA